GUCAUAACCUCAACCACCUAGCUGUAGACCCAGCAACAGUUGAGCUGUUGUAAACAAAUCAGUCUUUGGUGGCUUCGAUGCUUGUUGCUAAUACCACAACUUUACCGCUAAGGAAAAUUACUCUAAACAAAACUAAGUAAAACUUCAAUGGCAGCUGCAAGUUUACCUAAAGAAACGGAUGAUGCGGAUCUCUUCCGAGGAACCCAUGAGGUACAAGAAUGUCUUGAAGGCCAAACUGAGGCAGAUCUACACACACACGUGACAAACUGUAAGAAAAAUCCUGACCAUACAGGGUUUAUUCCUGUAAAAAAGUUUAGAAAAGAACAUCUUCCUCCCGGUUACCAGGACAGUGACAUCUAUGACGUCAUCAAUGCCUUUAGUUACCUGACUGUCAGGAUAGCCGUUAACUUUACAAGCACGGACAGGCCGAAUUGUGUGUUGGGUACUGGAGAUCCAUAUCCUUUCCACAAUACCAGGGGAAAGAACGUAUUAAGAACUGGGACUGGGAAAAUAUGGUGCGUGAGCUCAAACCUGGUAGAAUUCUGUGCAGACCAUACUUGUCCAUGUCCUGAAUGUGAAAAUUCGGCUAAACCACAGAAAGAAUGGGUUCUGCUUUGGAUGUCGACAGCCAGACACGUGAUCUUUGACUCAACUGAGGCGAGACAGUCCACAUGUAGGUUGUGGUUUGAUGAUGACCAAAGUCCAGUGGUCAACAUUUACGGAUGGAAGGCAUGUGGGAUAUCAUUUACUGACCAAGACUGGUGUACUUUGGUUUGUGUAACACAUGAAAUUGAAAUCGGUGAAAAACUGUUAAACUGUAUUAGAAGGUUUGAUGAAUUGUGGGGUAAAGUAAAGAAGAAAUACGGGAGUAAGAAUGAGGUGGACAAGUUGGCAAUUAUAGUGUCACAUCCUCAUGGCUGUUCUAAGCAGGUCUCUGUAGGUCACUGGGUACACAGAAAAGAUGUACCUAGAUCUCUCGGGUACACCAGGUACACGUACACAACUUGUACAUGCCCUGGUAGCAGUGGGGCUCCCGUAUACAGGCUGGGGUGGAGUGACCAUCCCCACACAGGGGUCAACUCUAAAAACAUUAACUACAGCGCUGCGAAAAAGGACAUGGAUUUUAGUUUUAUUGGAGAAGAUCUUCAUCAGCUGUGGUUGAGUGAGGGUGAUAACUCGACUAGCAGUGUGGCGUUAGCUUUGACUAACUAUGUAAUAAAAGAGUCGAUUAUAAAAUAAUAACUAGCAAUAGCAGCAUGAAAUCGCUGGGUAGCGUUUUAGUAUUAUUCCAUCUCUUAAGACAGGUCAAAUGUAAUAGACACACCUGUCUAACUUGUAGCAAGUUUCCAAAACAUACUACUUUUCGACAUGUGUUUUCAAAGUUUUGGUUCAGCUAAUAUUCAUGACUGAUUAGACGUAGACAAUCGCUAGGAUAUAAUGUUUCAAUAUCCCAUAUCCCAUUUUACGAAUUUUAAAAUUCGACGUGAUGGUUAACUUAUAUAAAACAUAGAUAUGACAGAAACAUGACAUAGUUCUUGUUCCCAUGUGUGUACCAAGACAUUUGUAAACAAACCCCCACAUAUAUGCAUUUCUUUAAUUAAACAUUCUGUGUGACAAAUGCAUCAGCAACAAUGUUCAUUUAAAAGUAAUAUCAGUUUAUAAGUAGCCUUCACUCAUUACUUAUGCUUGCAGUUUUUAUUUGUAAAACUCUUAUUAAUUAUAUUAAAUAGUUUGCAGU